UCGAGCUGAGUGUGGACACUUCUGCCCAGUAGCUCCAGUAUUGAAGUAAUAAAAAGAAAUGCAAUGUGUCUUUUAAUUUUUGCGUCAUCUUCUAUAAUUUAAAGGCAUUGUCAUUCGUGACGUGUCAAUUGAGUAACGUUUGAGAAGAGCACAAAAAUUUUCAUGGUUAUCUAAGUCAGACUUCAUCAAUAAAUUUAUAAGUGAAUACCAAGAGGCAAAUUAAUUAUUUUAUGAAAUUGCUAGUAAUUAUUAUAAAACGGAUGUUCUUAUUUAAAGUGACAGAAGAUGGAUUAAGAAAAUGACGUAGUGUUGAAAAUGGAUUGAAUAUUGAGGAUAUUGUUAACUAGUGAUGAAUAAAUUAAAUAAUUAGUAGUUAUCAGUAGUCGUUUAAUGCAUAAUGAAAUUUAAAGAGUGUAUGUCUUCUUUCCGAAGCCACGGCAUUUGGAAUAUGUCGAAUGCGACUAAAAUAAUGUUUACAGAAAACAACACGACUCUGUGCAUAUAUUAAUCACUAUUAUAGCCGAGUUUCUCCGAAGUUGUUAUUCAUCAUGACACAUUCAUCAAGUUCAAGUACUGCCAGCACACCACCGCAGCAGGUCACUUCUUCAGAACACAGGCUGAAGGUCGCUGUCAGAAUCCGGCCACUGAGACCAAACGAAACGCAGCGCGUUCUACACUCUCUUGAUAGCAGGAUGGUGGUCAUGGAAGAUGAGGGAGACAAGAAUGACGUCCUGCGUCAGAAGAGAGGAGGAGGAGAGAGGAGGUAUGUCUACGACGCGGUCUUCGGCGAAGAUUCCACACAGGAUAUGGUGUACGAGGCCACCUCUAGGGGGCUGGUGUUGGGUGUUCUGAUGGGAUACAAUGCCACAGUGUUUGCUUACGGAGCUACGGGCUCUGGCAAGACGCACACCAUGGUAGGCAAUUCCGAGCAACCUGGCAUCAUGGUCAGGGCCCUCAACGAUAUCUUCCAGGCUGUCAAGGACUCCGCAAACCCUGAACAGUUUACUGUGACGAUGUCUUAUCUUGAGAUAUACAAUGAGAAUAUUCGUGAUCUCUUGAACCCAAGUUCAGGUUUCCUGGAACUUCGUGAGGACUCACGAGGCAGAAAUAUACAGGUGAAACAUCUCUCAGAAAUAUCCACCACAUCUACUGAGGAGGUUAUGUGUCUCCUACAGAAGGGAAAUCGAGCUCGUACCGUUGAACCAACAGCUGCCAACAAAACCUCUUCCCGUUCACAUGCAUUACUCAGUGUAACAGUGCAACAGACUUCACCACUCCAGACAGUUGAUAAAAUGAAAUCACGAAUUAAACAUGGGAAGCUAUUUAUGAUUGACUUGGCUGGGUCAGAGAGAGCUUCGCAAACAAAGAAUCGAGGAAAGCGUCUGAAGGAAGGAGCCCACAUUAACCGCUCCCUCCUAGCUCUUGGUAACUGCAUAAAUGCCCUGUCUGGUGGUGCCCAUUAUGUCAAUUACAGGGAUUCCAAACUGACAAGACUCUUAAAGGAUGCAUUAAGUGGGAACUGCAAGACUGUCAUGAUAGCUCAUGUCAGCCCAGCAGCUGUACAUAAAGAGGAGAGCAGAAACACACUGCUAUAUGCUGAUCGAGCCAAGAAUAUUUCAAACAAGGUGGAGCGCAACGUGCUGGAUGUAUCGUAUCAUGUCUCUCAGUACCGAAAUAUCAUUAGUGAACUGAGAGAUGAGAUUGCCAGACUAAGAUCAAAGAUGAAGGAGGAUCGGACUCAUUUGGGCGAUGCAUCUAAUGAGAAAGGGGAGAAGCUGAAGAUACUAAGAGAUCAAAUUGUAUCAACAUUCAGAGAGCAAAUGAGAUUGAGACGCCGUCUAAUGGAGUACGAUAGUCGCCUUUUAAGUCUUAGUGCAGAAGCUGAGCGACAACAUGCAGUGAUUUCUCAAUGGGAGUCCAAAAACAAUAAGCUGUACAAAAACAAUCACAACACUCUUACCAGGUGGCACGAUCGAAGACCAAACACUGAACCAGACUUUGAUGUUGAUCGAGAAUUUUUGAACAUGGAAGAUGAUGGACCACUGCAGAUGGCCUGGUCAGAACUUUCUUUCAUCGAGAAGGAACAGGAACAAUACGCAGAACUCAGAGCUAGCACAGAGCAUGAGCUGGAGGACUGCAGGCAGCGGGGUGCUGCACUUGAAAAUGAGCUCCCAUCACAGAUAAGUUCAGAGGAAGAGCGUGAACUGCUGGCCCUCAUGUGCCGUGUCCAUGAACUUGAGGUGGAGAAAAUGGCACUACAGAGUGAACGCUUCAUCAAGCAGCAUGAACUGUGGAGAAGAGAUCUUGUCAUCUUUCGUUAUGAUCGUCAACGUCACCUCUGCGAGGAAAUCAUCACUAGACAGCGUCAGUUAAUGGAGGAAGGCUGUGUCACUCUGCCCCAAGAUCUCAAAGAACUGUACAGAAUUUACCAGCAAGAGAUUCAUGCAUCCACAUACACAGAUGCCAGUCCAAGUUACCAGUCUGGUGUACCUUUCAGCAGUUAUACCAGAGACAAAGGCAAGCUGCCACCCAUCCAACCUAGUGCUGAGCCACUCUUCCACCGGUCUAUGAGGUACACUGCUGACCAUGGUUCAGAUCAAGCAGGAAGUGAUGACAUAAGCAUGAGGACACCAAACAGUUCUGCAGGUUCAGACUACACACCAUCGCCUCUUCCUCCGAUCCCAGGAAGUGCAGGGACUGGACAAAUGGGACAACUCUCUUCUCUUCCUCCACCAGCUGUGCUCUUCCCUCCAAUUGCUGGACCUACCAAAGGCUUGCCUGAUACUUCCAAGUACCUCAGUCGAUAUGUCUAGUUCUUGUCAUUACUACUUCCUUCUUCUCUGUUGUGUUUUCUCUAUGCCUGCUUAUUAUAUUCAUAAAAGCUAUAAAUAAAUAUGUUAUUUUUCAAAUUGAAAAGUGUAAUUCCUUUUAAACACAUGUUAUAUAAAGAUAAUAAAAUUAUUCUCUAUAGCAUAGUCUGGAUAUGUAUGCAACUUUUUUCUUGGUGCUCACAGAAUAUUUCACAAGUAUUUUCAAGGAUUUAGAGAGUUUAGUGAUGUAUUAUACAUGAUCUCUCCAGAAUGGAAGAAGUCAAUGGCUGAAAUUACAAAUAAGGUAAAUGGACAAUUAAUUUUCUUUUUCUCCCUCCUUACAAAUUGAAACAUACCUUGGAAGUUUACUUUACAAUGACUGAGUUUGCCAUUGACCUCAAUCCACUUGCUAUUCUUCAGUGGAACACAUCAGGUGAUCAGAAUGCCCUUGAUUUAGUUUUGGGGCUGGACCCCAUGCCCUUUU